CACAACUCUCAGGACUCUUCGCCAGUUUUCUCGUGCGAGGAUUAGUUGUUAACGGAAUUUCAAGUUUGAAAGAUGGAAGCCAGUGAUUUAUUUGGCUUUUCGGUCAGAGUGAAAAAGGAGCCUAGUGAUGUGACGCCGAGUAAAAAUAUUUAUAAAAUGAUUGACGAAAAACCCGAUCUUCAAAAUUUGCCAUUUCCUCCAAAAAAUUCACAGACCCAUACCCUUAAAAAAUGUGACAAAAGUCGUGAAAGUGAACUUGACGACGAACUGAAAAUAGUUGUCGAAUGCGAAGACGUAAAGCCCUGCAUAGAUUUAUUAAGAGUAAAGAAAAUUGACGAUGAUUUCCCAAAUCACAUGAAGAAUACAAAAGAUAUCAACGACAAAACUCUAAAUUUAAUUAAAAUGGAACCCAGAGAAGUGAAACAGGAAUUUGUUGGCGACAUUACAGAAGAAUUAAAUUUGAAUGUAGACUGUGAACAUGUCGAACAAAAUAAUAAAAGAAGAAUUACAAAAAACUUAGUCAACCAACAUAACCGUAAAUGCAAAAAGGAUUUUUCAACUAAGGAUACUCUGACUAGAAAACCGAAAUCAUUGCUUCACUGUAUUGCCCACUCAUGCGAUAAGUGUGCUAAGACAUUCAAAUAUAGGGGCAGUCUCAAGACUCACAUCGAUGAGGUUCACAAGAAUAUCAGAUAUGCAUGUGAUAUAUGCGGAAAGUCAUUCACCCAAAAGAUUCAUCUUCAAAGCCAUGUCAAUACGGUGCACAAUGGCGUCAAACAUACAUGUGAUAUAUGCGGAAAAUCAUUCACCAACAAAUUUAGUCUUCGAACUCACAUCGAUGCGGUACACAAGGACAUCAAACAUAAAUGUGAUACAUGCGGCAAGAAAUUCACAAGCAAGGAUUAUCUUAAAAUUCACAUUAAUGCUGUACAUAAUGGUAUGUCACCACAUGCAUGUGAUUUGUGCGGGAAGUCAUUUAUCCAAAAGUCUAAACUUCAAGUUCAUAUUGAUACGGUUCAUAAAGGUAUGACAUGCCAUGUAUGUGACUUAUGCGGAAAGUCAUUCAUCAACAAAUCUAAUCUUCGAAUUCACAUCGAUGCGGUGCACAAGGGCGUCAAAUAUACAUGUGAUGUUUGCGGAAAAAAAUUUACAAGCAAAUAUUAUUUAAAAAUUCACAUUGAUGCGGGUCAUAAAGAAAAAACGAAUUUUGAAACGUUUGUCUCGUCAGUAAACAAUGGAAUUCCGUACGCGGAAAAUAUUACUGGAAGUGGUUAUCAAACUUUAAUUGGUGGGUCUGGAAGCGUUGCCGAGGAUGCAGGCAAUGGUGGCAUGGCUUCAACGAGAGAGCAGCCUGCGUCGGGCGUCGAAAGUGCGACUUAUCCUCCCGAUUCUCCGUACUUCCCAUUCGGUAGUAGAGUUCCUAUAAACGAAGCUGUACCUGUUAACGUUAACACAUGCGCUGGACCUAAGGAUCAAGAUUCUAUCGGUAUAGCAGCCAACACGAAAAAGAAGAAAGAUGUAAGCACUAUUUAA